GCAAGUGUAUAGGUGCAUCAUCACAUUAGGCUCCUCUAUCCUUGCACCCAAAGAAAGUGAAUCCCAAGACACCAAAACCAGAAGAGAGAGCAAUGCAUAGAGUCCCAAAUCCUUUUCCCUACUCCCACUCACAUUCUGAAAAAACAAAAAACAGUGAAAAAAAUCCAACUAUCAACCCAAACCAAAAACCAAAACCAUUUGAUUCUUUUCCUUAACCUGUCCCCCCCUCUCUGAAUCUGAACACUAACACACAAAAAACUUCCAACCUUGAAAACCUUUUUUCCCCCAAAACCAAAACCAUGUUUUGAUUCUCUCUCCAUUUCUCAAAAAACCAAAAAUGGGUUUUCCAAAAAAACCCCUCUUUCUUCUUUUGUUCUUCAUUUUCUUCACAACCCAUUUCUCUAAAUCAUCAUCUUCUCCUGAUUACACAACUUUGGUCUACAAGGGUUGUUCAAAAGAAACAUUCACAGAUCCAAAUGGUGCAUAUUCACAAUCACUUUCAGCACUUUUUGGUUCCCUAGUUUCACAAUCCACAAAAACAAGAUUCUUCAAAACAACAACUGGUAAUGGCCAAAACAGCAUCACAGGUAUCUUCCAAUGCAGAGGAGAUCUCACAAACUCAGAUUGCUACAGCUGUGUUAGCAAGCUACCAGUUCUCUCAGACAAACUCUGUGGCAAAACCAUCUCUGCAAGAGUUCAGCUUUCAGGUUGUUACAUGCUGUAUGAGGUUGCUGGUUUUCCUCAAGUUUCAGGGAUGCAGAUUCUUUUCAAGACAUGUGGAACAACAAAUGCUGCUGGAAGAGGGUUUGAAGAGAGAAGAGACACUGCUUUUUCUGUGAUGGAAAAUGGUGUUGUGAGUAAUCAUGGUUUUUAUGUUACUACUUAUCAAUCUUUGUAUGUUAUGGGUCAGUGUGAAGGUGAUGUUGGUGAUUCUGAUUGUGGUGAGUGUGUUAAAUCUGCUGUUCAAAGAGCUCAAGUUGAAUGUGGAAGUUCUAUUUCAGGACAAAUUUAUUUGCAUAAGUGCUUUAUUAGUUUUAGUUAUUAUCCUAAUGGGGUUCCAAAGGGUGGUCACUCUUCAUCUGGUGGUGGAUCAUCUUCUUCUAGUUACUCUUCGUCUUUUUCUGGACAAAAUACAGGGAAGACUGUGGCAAUAAUAUUAGGAGGUAUAGCUGCUGUGGCGUUUUUGGUUAUAUGCUUGCUAUUUGCAAGGAAUUUGGUGAAGAAACGUGAUGAUUAUUGACUGUAGAAGAAUAUGGUUUACUGUGGAGGCCAAAUUCUUCUAGAGGUGGAUUGAUUCUUGAUAUAUAUCUUUUGGCUGAAAGAGAUUUGUGGUAAAUAGACUUGGGAGAUAGAGAAAGAAUCUAGGACUGUUGAAU